CUGCGCGGCCGGGGCGGACGGGGCAGGCCCUGCAGCGGCUCGCUCAGGCCGUGGGUCGUCGCUGCAGCUACCUAGAAAGGAGGAAACGACGACUCCAGGGGCGAAGUUGGCAGAGCAGGGAGGAAGGGAAGGAGUGUGCGAAGUGGGCCGUGGAUCUUGGAGACACCCGGCGUGUCCUUUCUCGAGUUUCUCUCGACUCUUGUCUGUUGCUUCGUAGCCUGAAGUUCUGAAUAGCUGACUUGAUACUCCUGUACAGAUGCAUGGUCAUGGCGGCUAUGAUUCUGAUUUUAGUGAUGAUGAACACUGUGGAGAAUCAAACAAAAGGAAAAGAAGGACAAUUGAAGACGAUUUACUGCUCAAAAAACCAUUUCAGAAAGAAAAACAUGGAAAGGUGGCCCAUAAACAAGUUGCAGCAGAAUUGCUGGAUAGGGAAGAAGCAAGAAAUAGAAGGUUUCAUCUCAUAGCUAUGGAUGCUUAUCAAAGACAUACAAAAUUUGUAAAUGACUAUAUUUUAUACUAUGGUGGCAAAAAAGAAGAUUUCAGGCGUUUGGGGGAAAAUGACAAAACAGACUUGGAUGUCAUACGAGAAAAUCAUAGAUUCCUAUGGAAUGAGGAGGAUGAAAUGGACAUGACUUGGGAGAAGAGACUUGCUAAGAAAUAUUAUGAUAAGUUAUUCAAGGAAUACUGCAUAGCAGAUCUCAGUAGAUACAAAGAAAAUAAGUUUGGAUUUAGGUGGCGAGUAGAAAAAGAAGUAAUUUCAGGAAAAGGUCAAUUUUUCUGUGGAAAUAAAUGUUGUGAUGAAAAAGAGGGCUUAAAGAGUUGGGAAGUUAAUUUUGGUUAUAUUGAGCAUGGUGAAAAGAGAAAUGCACUUGUUAAAUUAAGGUUAUGCCAAGAAUGUUCCUUUAAAUUAAAUUUUCAUCACAGGAGAAAAGAAAUCAAGUCCAAAAAAAGAAAGGAUAAAAGCAAAAAAGAUUGUGAAGAGUCAUCACAUAAAAAAUCCGGAUUAUCUUCUGCAGAAGAAGCCUCUAAGAAAAAGGAUAAAGGACAUUCAUCCUCAAAGAAAUCAGAAGAUUAUGUAAAUACAAACUCUGAUGAGGAAGAAAGUACUUCAGAAUCUGAACUUUGGAAGGGUCCACUACCAGAGACAGAUGAAAAAUCACAGGAAGAAGAAUUUGAUGAGUAUUUUCAGGAUUUGUUUCUGUGAGAUGGAAGAGAGAAGAUGACAUUCCUUAAUGUGAAAUUACAUUUUGAAACUUUAUUAAAAUUUUAUCUACAAGUUGCAGCUUGAGUGGUUUGUCUCUGGAAAUAAAAAUCCUGGUACUCUCAGGAUG